AUGGCUUACAUUCUGUUAGGUGUGUUAUUGUUGACUGGUGUCAGCAUUGCAGAAAAUAUUAUUCGAUUUCACAUUGUUGAAGAACUUCCAGUUGGAACUUUGAUUGGGAAUUUAGCAGUUGAAAGUGGACUUCAGUUUAAUUUUACUGAUGGAAAACUCGAAGGCAUUCGAUACAGCUUUUUGGACCAAUCGAAAAUGCGUUCACUUUUCACAAUUAACGAAAGAACAGGGAAUAUUUUGAUCAAGUCUUUACUCGACAGAGAGACUGAAUGUAUCUUUAUGGAUUUGUGUGUUUUAACCUUCGAUGUUGCUAUUCAUUCAUCUAGUCCACAAAUGUUUGAAAUUUAUUCAAUUGAAAUAACAAUCGAGGACAUGAACGACAACUCUCCGAAGUUUCCAACAGAACACAUUACUAUAAGAGUACCCGAAUCAACAGUAGUAGGAACAUCUUUCGGACUUACGGAAGCAGUUGAUGCCGAUUCUACGAACAAAAACAUUAUUCAGUCUUAUGACCUGGUUAAUGGGAAUAAUGUUUUCACAUUUAAUUCCUCAAAAGAUGUAGAUGGAAGAUUAUCACUAAGACUAAUUCUGAUUAGCGAGUUAGACCGAGAAGACAUCGAUUUGUAUGAACUCGAACUUUUGGCAAAAGAUGGCGGAGAUCCAGUAAAAACCGGAACUUUAACGGUUUACAUUGACAUUGAGGACACUAAUGAUAAUUCUCCAGUUUUUGAACGAGACUCGUAUAUGGUAGAUUUAAAUGAGGGGGCAACCAAACAAACUCCAUUACUUGCUGUCACUGCAUACGAUAAAGAUGUUGGGGAUAAUGGCGAUAUUAUUUACAGAUUUAGCCUUAGACAACCAGAUAUUGAAAGAAUUUCGGAAACAUUUUCAAUUAAUGAGAACACUGGAGUUAUUUAUGUAGCUGGAGAAAUAACAUUUGGAAAGCAAAACACUUUCAAACUCAUUGUUGAAGCUAGCGACAAAGGUUUACAACCUCGAACGUCUUAUGCUACUGUCACAAUCAAUAUACUGGAUACUGCAAACAACAAGCCGGAAGUGUUUCUUAACUUUCUAGUUCCAGCAAACGAUAGUCUUGUUAGUCUUUCCGAAGCAGCCGAUAUAGGAACCGUCAUAGCUCACGUGACUGCAGAUGAUGCCGAUUCAGGACCCAAUGGACAAGUUAUAUGCGCUGUUACAAACGAGUACGUAACGCUUCAGAAUAUUUCUGGAAAACCCGGUUAUCUUAUUGCUUUGAAGAUGGAAUUCGACCAUGAGCUGAAACAAGAACAUUAUAUAUCUGUUACAUGUUCUGAUAAUGGCUCGCCAAAAUUGAGUUCGUCAAAGAGUUUUAUGCUGCGGGUUUUAGAUGAAAAUGACAAUGCCCCAAUAUUCAAAGAGGCAACCUAUUCAGCAACAAUUGAUGAAAAUAACCCAGUUGGUAAAUAUUGUUUGAAAGUGUCCGCAACCGACGCAGACAUGUGGCCAAAUGAUAAAAUUCAUUAUACUUUUUUUGAAGAUUCUAAAAAUGUGUUCUCUAUCAAUCCCUCUUCCGGUGUUAUAACAGCAAACCAAAGGUUAGACAGAGAAAAGCAAGAUGAAUACAGGUUUACCGUCCUGGCCAUUGACGGCGGAACCCCUGCUUUGACGGGAACAACUGUAGUUGUGGUAGUAGUAAAGGAUUUGAACGACAAUAAGCCAGAAUUUGAUGUUCCGUUCUUUCAAUUCUUUAUAAAAGAAAACUUACCGUCUGAUACCACAGUUGACAGUGUGAAAGUAUCUGACGACGAUACCGGAAACAACAAGAAAAUUAUGUUUUCUCUUGUACAAAAUCCUGGUGAAAAUAUGCCGUUCAUCAUCAACAACAUUGGAGAAAUUAGAACAACUGCUUCGUUCGAUCGGGAAGAGGACAGUAGCUUCAUCUUCGAAAUAGUUGCAACUGAUCAAGGUAUUCCUGCUUUGUCGACAAGAAUAUUUGUUCGCGUAUACGUUACAGAUGAGAAUGACAACCAACCUUCCAUUAUAUAUCCAAACAGAGUAAAUAAUACAAUAUCAGCGUCAUAUUCCACAGCAGUAGGAAUAUACCUAACUAAAGUCAAGGCAGUUGAUAUUGAUGAAAAUGGACCAAACAGCCAAUUGACUUAUGACAUUGUGGCGGGAAAUGAAGAUGACAUUUUUACUAUCAUUCAAACUUCGGGUAAAAUAUAUUUAAAACGACAACUUGAAGAAAGGUCAACAAGCCUGAAAACGUUAACAGUGAAAGUAGCUGACAAUGGAAAUCCACAAUUACAGACGAAUGUAACAUUCAUUCUUGCUUUAAGUUAUGUCGAUUCUAAUGCCCUAGCCUCGUAUUCAUCUGCCGAUUCCGGUAACAAAAAUGUCAUAAUUGUUAUAGCGGUGAUAUCAAUGACUGUAAUAAUAUCUGGUGCUUUGAUAGCAGUGAUCUGUGUUUUACGGCGAAGUGAGCAAAUCAGAAAGAAGCACAUAGAGGAACAUACUAAGAAAACGACCAUUGUUCCGCAACUUUAUAAGGAAGCGAACUUUAAACCAAAAACUGAGAUAAAUGUUCAGGAAAAUAUAUCUUACCACGAAUCGUUACCUCCCAAAGGGAAAGAAAUUCACUCUAGUUAUGAUGAGGAUCUUGACAACAUGGAACUGUAUUCUUCAUUUGGUACCUCAGUUUUUACAGAUACUCUACCUGGCUUAGAGAAACCUGGUCAGAGUAUGGAAGAACAAAGAAUAAUUAAACGCUCUUCUUUGAAGCAUGUACUUUCUGAUGAACAGAUAUCUGGAAUCCACAGUUUAGAUGAUAUAAGUGAGAUAUCAAAAGAAGAUAACAAUUCUGACAGUGGGCGUGGCAGUAGUGAUCCAGAUUUAACAAGGCAGUCAAAUUUGUACUAUAACGACAAAUCUGUACAAAGACCAAAACCAGCACUGAAAUCCAAACUUCGAGACAGAUUCACAGACAUACACCGUGAAGACGACUCUGCUUACAUGCCAUUUGAACAGAAAUAUUACGGCUUUGUUGAUAGGCCUGCAAUCAGUCAAAAUACGAACAGCUACAAAAAUGAUUUAAAAAUUGUACGUUUUGAUGAUCAUGGACAAUUUUGUGUAGAGACUUCUUCAUUUGUUUAAUGAAUAGAAUGAGAUUUAAAUGUUAAACAUUAUUAAGAUAAUGCAAAUGAAAUAUCAAGUUCACUUAAAAAUUGUGUAUCAUUAUUGCCAGUGAUACGACUACAUACACAAACCGAAACCGAACUACCUGAUUAAUAAAAAAGAGACUAUUUGGUCAAAGAAAUACUAAAUCAAUCUAUUUGAGACUACUUACGUUCGUUCUGCAUGUAUGUGUUUGUAUGUGUGUGCGCGUGUGAGUAUGUGUGUAUUUAUAUAUACUGUUAUUGACAAGUUUUCAAUUGUGCUAAUUACUUUCUUUUCAGAUUGUACAUGUGUAAUUUAUUCUGUUAAUUUAUGAAUAAUCGUUUGUUAUCUUGCCUAACUUUGUUGUUAUGUUG